AUGGUAUUCGGUUCAUUAAACAUUGCCAUACUAUUCGUAGUUGGUGUUUUUGGCCAUAAUAGUUAUGCUGAUCAGAUUGAUUCUGGGCAAGCUAUUCAAAUUUUUGGCCCAACUGCAAACCAAACAUUCGAAUUGAAGCUUGAAACGUUGAAUGAAGCACUAGAGCAAAAUGGCAUUAAAGAUCGUGAAAUUGUGGUCGUUUCAGUCGUUGGAGCAACACGAACGGGAAAGUCCUUUCUCAUAAACAUCAUAAUGAAAUAUUUAUACGCUCAGUAUAAAACUCAUGAUGUAUUGGAUUGGUUGGAAGAGGGAAACGAUGGCAGCAUACGGAAAUAUCUCGAAUAUAAGGAUGGAACUAAAGCUCACACAAAAGGAAUAUGGAUGUGGUCGGAGAUUUUCACCUACGAUUCCAAUAAUGGUGAUAAAUUGGCAAUAGUUCUAGUCGAUACACAGGGACUUUUCGAUCAUGAGAGCGACUCAAAACUUGUUUCAACCAUUUUUGCUCUGAAUAUGAUGAUCUCUUCGGUUUUGUGUUACAAUAUAAAAGGAAACGUUCUAGAAGAUCAUUUAACACAGUUGAAGGACUUUACCGAUUUUGCUCGCUAUGUAGAACGUGAACGAGAAGCCAGUGCAAACGAAAAGCCUUUUCAAAAGCUGCUAUUCAUUUUACGAGAUUGGCAAUUUGUUAAAGAUCAUAACUUUGGACAUCAAGGUGGAAAAGAUUACAUAAAUGAAGAAGUUCUAAAAGAAACGUCUGCACAAACACACGGGAUGAAAGAAUUGAGAGCAGAUAUAAAAGAGAGUUUUGGACAAAUUGACGGAUUUCUAAUGCCAAGUCCAGGCGGUAAGGUUUUGAGUGGUUUUUCGUCUGGUAAAGUUUCCGAUAUAUCUGAAACCUUCAGAACAAGUCUGAAAGAACUGGUUAAGGUUCUUUUCCAUCCAGACAUGCUCAUUGUUAAAGAGGUCAAUGGAAAAAAAUUGAAGAUAAAAGAAUGGUUGGACUACCUGCAAGUAUAUGCACAGACAUUCCAAAGCGCUUCAUCCAGCCAAUUUAUUGAAAUGUUCAAGGCUGGUGAAAAGUGGUUUAAUAAUAAUUUGGCCGACAAGUCAUUGAAAGAUUAUGUAGAAUCAAUGAAAAGUUCAUUGAAAAAUCAUUCAUCAUAUUUGACUGAUCAAGAACUAGACAAGCUGCACCAGGAUAAUAAAGUAAAAUUUUUAGAACAGUUCGAGCAAUCACCAAAAUAUGGGCGCCCUGAAAGAGCAUACCCUGCUAAAGAGAAAUUAGAUCGGGAGAUUGAAGAAAAUUUCAAUACAUUCAAGGCAGAUAAUUUGGAGAAAAAAAAUACCUUUGAGAUAAAAGCCAAUUUAAUUAACAAAAAUUUAGUUAAUAAUUUAACUACAGAGUUUGAGAAUUAUGUUACAACUAAAGUUGAAGACACAAUGUCAGAAUUGGACAAAUCAUUCCUUGAUACUUUGGCAACUGAUUUUCUAGAUAAAAAGAAUUCGAUUUUGCAAAAGGUAAUUCAAAGCUAUGGAGCCCAUUAUACUAAAGAGUUUAAUAAGACCAGUUACUACUUGAAUUCAUAUGAUUUUCGAUCAGAGUGA